AUGUCUAAUCGAUUCUUGCAGAAGUUUUAUCUGCGGUGCGGCCACUGCACGGCAGUUCAGCGCAGCGCCCAGGGCUACAAGCCCAUUGCGAACCCCAUUCUUUUCAAGUCGGACGAGCACUGCCGCAACUACCACAACGAGCAGCGCCGUGCGGCGGGCUACGCCGGCAUGAUGGUCACCACGCGCUGUGACAAGUGCGGCCGCGUGCACUCCAACUGGAAACUGCUAGAUGGACAAGAGUUCUUAGACGUGAAGCUGUCGAUGACUCCGGCGGAGCGAGAGAAGCGUUUAUGGGCCAGCUCGAGGUGA